GGGUGAUUUAUUGAAGGAAAAAUUGGAACCCUUUACCCCUCAAGUGAGGUUAUUCAGUAAUUCUGUUAUGCUGUGGGCGGCAUUUUGCUGGCAUGGUUUCACUCCACUUAUUCCCUUAGAUGACUGCUUCUUCCAAGAUGACAAAGCUCCUCAUCCAAAGGGGGCACUGACUCAGUAGUUUCACGAGAAUGAUGUGAAUCAUAUGCUGAGACCUGCACACUUACCAAUUUUGAUUCUAACUGAACAUUUGAGGGAUUUUCAACCAACUUCUUAAGCAGCAUCUCAACAACCAUCAACAAAACGACAAAUCCGGAAAUAUCUUUUGGAAAGGGGAAAAAAGAAAACCACCUGUCGCUCAAGUAGAGUUCUUUUAGGAAUGAAUCAGUGAAAUACAAGGUGUCUUCCUUUAAUUUGUCGGUAUCCGGUGUCUGUUGUGUUUUGACUACAGUGUCAGUGUCUGUCACGGUCGACUGAUGUUAAUCAAUUUCGCUCUGACCUCUUCAAGGGUCAGAGAUUUGCUGACGUCCUAUGACCCUCUAUCACUUACCACAUACACAAACACAUUCCAGUGGCGCCAAUAAACCAUCAAGAGCGGAUCAAUUCGGAUGUUUUUUUUCCUCCUUUUGAAGAUGGAUCAUCAUCCGCCCACCUCAUAGCUCUGAUUUGACGAACGACCUGGGUCACGAUAACGUCGCCCAGUCAGCCUAUAUAAGCAGCAGAAAGUUUCCUGAACACCAAGCAAAACAAACGCACCGCUGACGAGAAAAGUUCUGCGUAAAACGUGCCAAGACGGUUCCAGACAUGGAGAAAUCAGCCAGGUUUGCUGUGGUGUGCGUUGGAGUGUCUCUGCUCAUCUCCUGCUAUUCAGUUGAAGCCUGGUACAAGCAGACCACCGGUCCCAGUUACUACUCGGUUGGUCGCGCCUCAGGUUUGCUGUCCGGUAUCAGGAGGUCACCGUAUGUCCGGAGAUCCGACUCCGAGGAGACGCUGAUGGAGAGCGGAGAGACAGUCGGUAACAACGUAAUCCCGGAGAGUUCCAGGCAGAUCUCCAUCCUCAAAAGCAUGGCCAUCUGCGUGAAGGACAUCUCUCCAAACCUGAAGAGCUGCGAGCUGAUGCGGGACGGGACGGGCACCUUCCAGUGCAAGGCGGACGUCUUCCUCACUCUGGACUCCCUGGACUGCCUGUCCGCGUAAGUCCCGACUGGACUCGUCCUCCGCAGAAUCCGGGGAGCACUGCUGUGGAAACCGGAAAAAAGAAAAGAAGUAACGAGGAUGCAUGAGUGUGAGGGUUUGAUGGCGACUCCCGGGAAAGACCCACAAAUUGUCAAAGACGGACCGCUGCAGACUCUGAAUGUUCUCUUAUUUAAACCCCUUAACAUUGUUCAGUUUUGCUUUUGUUGCGUAGACAUGAGUGUAAAAGAAAAAAAACAAGAAAAACAUCGGUGUGAGAGAUGUUCGCUCAAGCCGUUUUCUUCCCAAAUUAUUUCUCAUCUUUAGUGUUUGAACCCUGACAUUUACCUGUGUUGCCAAACUGUAUUAAAUAUACGAGAAGUCGACUGCAGAGCAAUUUACUGUAAAGUA